UCAGUAUUGAGCUGUUACCGGAAGUGAGUGUUUCGUGUUUAUUGUCUGCUCUUCGCCGUGUAGCUUUACUUCUUUAACAUCAUUUUCAUUCAUAAACACGUGUAUGUAAUAAACUAUUAUUAUAUAAUAAUUUCUUGACUUAUAACGAAGUUCUUCUGUGGACUUUUUAUAUCCGUGGUGGAUGAGAGACGCGUCUUUUCAUCAUCACCCGCAUGGAAUAGAGGCUUUCGUCUAGAAAUGAAAUAUUAAACAGUCAUAUAAAAAGAAAGGUGUGUAGAAAGUAAAGUUUUAAGUGUAAAAAUGAGUUUGGCGAACAGCAGAGAACAACGCUGCACUGCAGGAAACCGCAUGUCCAAACUCCUGGACGCCGAAGAAGAAGAUGAGUUUUACAAGACUACAUACGGAGGAUUCAAUGAUGAGUCUGGUGAUGAUGAGUACAGAGGAGAUCAUUCAGAUACUGAAGAUGAGGUGGACAGUGAUUUUGACAUUGAUGAAGGAGAUGAACCAGACAGCGAUCAGGAGGAUGACGCUCCACGCAGAAAGAGUCGUGUGGUCACCAAAGCUUACAAGGAACCUCUGAAGAUCUCCAAACCCAAAGUGAAGCGAGCGUCUGAAGAACUAAAGGCUGAACGACCCAAAACAGAGAGACGCGCCAUUCAAGAGCUGCAGGAGUUUGGGGAGAUGCGCAAGUCGGUCCGUAAAUCCACGAGCGAGCACACGCGUAAGACCAACCAGCGGUUACAGGAGCGCCAGCAGGAGGCGCCGCGGAAGAGGAAAGGAACCCUGAGCGAACACGUGCUGACGCAAGAAGAACUACUGGCUGAAGCCAAACUCACCGCAGAGAUUAACCUCCGAUCACUGGAGAAUUAUGAGCGCUUGGAGGCUGAUAAAAAGAAGCAGGUUCUGAAGAAGAGAAAGUUUGAAGGUCCAACUAUUCGCUAUCAUUCAGUGCUGAUGCCUCAUUUGCCGGACGCACAGACCAAAGAAGAAAAUGUGGACGUGGAGGGAUUGGACCAGGACACGCCCCAACCCACGCCUACCUCUUCUUCUUCUACGCAGGGGGCGGGGUCUUUGUGCUCACGCACUUAUAUCACUUUCAGUGAUGAUGAUGCGUUUAACUCCGCCUUCCCUGUGUCAGCUAGCAUCAGCCCGCCCCUCCCCGUUCAGGAGGUGUGUCCCGUUACACAUAAGCCCGCGCUGUAUCGGGAUCCUGUAACGGACAUCCCGUACGCCAACGCUAGGGCGUUCCGCAUCGUACGUGAGGCUUAUCAGAAAUAUAUCGCGGCUCACGGCUUCCCGAACGCUUCCGGAAACUUCGCUGGAAACAACGAUGGCGAUUUGACGUCAGCGACCGCCACAAAGAGCGUCCGCCCAAAAGUCACCAUCAAACAGGGUGUCAUGACCACCUAGACACAAUUACCUGAAUUGUGAUUAUUUAUCUCUAGAGCGGUCGUCUGGUGGUCUCCUCAGGUCUAUAAUCUACGUUUAGCUGUGAUGUCUGAAUGGGAUUUUCCAUCCCAGGUGCUGCUGAUGUGUUAUUUGAGGACUCACAACACUCUUCACCAGCAUUAGCUCAACUGUUUCAAUGAUUUCUUGUUUGAUUUUUACUCUGGUUUAUAGUUUUCAGUCAAAACCGACUGAAACAAUAAAAACACAUUUCUAGA